UAUUCCUACAGCCAUUCAUCAGACAGGACCGCUCGCUCGCGAUAUUCAGUUGAGCAAAACAAGUAUACCAUUGCUGACGUAAUCGCACUGUAAACUCAAAACGACGGGCUCCGGGUCAGUCUGAGCUGUUAUUGUUCGGUUUGGAGAGUUUGGGGGAGGUCGGUGCUUUGUUUUGUUUUAUAGGGCAUGUAAGCCACCCUUAGCUGGAUAACUUGAUAUUAAUAUCAACACAUACAUGUCUGGCCCAGAUAGUGUUUCGAUAUUGUAGCAAAAACAUCUUGGAAGAGGUAAGCUAACAAGUUAGGUCCAAAAAGAAGCCGAUGGAUGCGCGGGUAUCGGAAUUGUUUGGGUCAGGAAAUGGACACGGCUCUGGAUCUCAAGGUGUUGCGUCUAACAACAAAACGGGAAAUGGCUAUGGUGCUGCCUCCAAAAAGGCUGCUGCGAAGAACAACAAGAAAGCAAAAGCUCGUUUCUCUCGCAACUUCAAACCAAGCAAUAACACCCCAUAUUUACCUCCAGAGGCCGAAGAGGGAAAUAUAGAGUACAAGCUGAAGCUGGUGAACCCCACACAAUACCGCUUUGAACACCUGGCAACACAAAUGAAAUGGCGACUGCAGGAGGGUCGCGGUGAAGCUGUCUAUCAGAUAGGUGUGGAGGAUAAUGGCAUGCUGGUGGGACUGUCAGAGGAGGAGAUGAGGGCGUCGCUAAAGACUCUCCACAGGCUGGCAGAGAAAGUUGGAGCUGAUAUCACCGUCCUUAGAGAGCGGGAAGUUGAUUACGACUCGGACCUGCCUCGGAAGAUUGCUGAAGUUCUCAUCCGCAAGGUACCAGAUGACCAGCAGUUCUUAGACCUGCGAGUGGCAGUGCUGGGUAAUGUGGACUCAGGCAAGUCAACUCUGUUAGGUGUUUUGACUCAGGGAGAGCUGGACAAUGGACGGGGAAGAGCCAGGCUCAACCUCUUCAGGCAUCUACAUGAGAUCCAGACUGGACGCACAUCAAGCAUCAGCUUUGAGAUCCUUGGCUUUAAUAGUAAAGGAGAGGUUGUGAAUUACAGCGAGUCUCGGACAGCAGAGGAGAUUUGUGAAAGUGCCUCUAAAAUGAUCACAUUCAUCGAUCUGGCAGGUCACCAUAAGUACCUGAAAACCACCAUCUUUGGCCUCACCAGCUACUGUCCAGAUUUUGCGAUGCUGGUUGUCAGCGCAAACACGGGCAUUGCUGGUACGACACGGGAGCAUCUUGGCCUCGCCCUGGCCCUGAAGGUGCCCAUCUUCAUUGUAAUCAGCAAAGUGGACCUCUGUACACGGGCCACUGUGGAGCGCACGGUGCGACAGCUGGAGCGCGUCCUCAAACAGCCAGGCUGCAACAAAGUGCCCAUGGUGGUAGGCAGUACAGACGAUGCCGUCACAGCAGCGCAGCAGUUUGCCCAGUCACCAAACAUCACACCCAUCUUCACAUUGUCCAGCGUUACCGGUGAGAGUUUAGACCUGCUCAAAGUCUUCUUCAACAUCAUCCCUCCUCUAAGCAACAGCAAGGAGCAGGAAGAGCUUAUGCAGCAGCUAACAGAGUUUCAGGUGGAUGAGAUCUACACAGUUCCAGAGGUGGGGACGGUGGUGGGUGGUACACUGUACAGUGGUAUUUGCCGUGAGGGGGAUGGUCUUGUGGUAGGGCCCACAGACUUGGGCCAGUUCCACAAGUUGACGGUUGGCAGCAUCCAAAGGAAUCGAUCGGCAUGCAGAGUUCUGAGGGCCGGCCAGGCUGCUACGCUUGCUCUGGGAAACUUCGACAGAUCAUUACUACGCAAGGGUAUGGUGAUGGUGAGUCCUGAGAUGGAUCCUACAAUCUGCUGGAUGUUUGAGGCUGAGAUUGUGCUACUCUUCCAUGCCAAGACCUUUCACAAGGGUUUCCAGGUUACUGUGCACAUUGGAAACGUGAGACAGACUGCUACCGUGGAGGCUGUUUACGGCAAGGAGGAGCUGAGGACAGGGGAGAAAGCAGUGGUUCUCUUCAAGUUCAUCAAGCACCCAGAAUAUCUGAAGGUUGGGGCAAAGGUGCUCUUCAGGGAGGGAGCAACUAAAGGGAUCGGCCACGUCACCAAGUUGCAGCCCAUCGCCCAGUACCCUUCAUCCCAUCUGGAGGAUGAGGAGCCCUAAAAUUGAGUUACUCAAUCGCUGCAUCAGAAAACCGUCCCACACAAACUCAUGCACAGUAAAUCCCUUUUUACAGGUCUGUGGGUUUAUCACCUUUUUCCAAAGCCUUGUUACUGCUUCUCAUCUUCAGCCUUUUCAAACGGCGGCUGAUAUUUUAACCCGCUUUUCGGGUAUCGAGUUUUAAAGAGGGUUAGCUUUUCUCGGCACAGCUCAAAAGAAGCCCAGAGACUUGACACUGGACAACACAUUAACUCAGCAAUGUCUACCAAAGUGUUUUUUUAAAGCAGACAUACCUGAAGUGCACAGAUCAGUAAGUAGCAAAUGUGACAUUUUCACAUCUGUGUUGAGGUGCUGCUUAUGAAGUUUACACCCAAAUGCACUCCUGAUUCUAAACUGAUGGUCACAGACAUUUGCACUAAUCUAUACAUUUCAGCAUUGAUACGUCUUUGGCAGAUAACUGCAAAGUAUGAGAUGCUUUGACACGAAGGUGUUGUCAGUAUCAUUUAUGUGAUACACAAUCAAUAACCCACACCCGCCCGUCUGUGUUACCAGCAUAGUGCCUGAAAGACCUUGGAUCUUGCAGUUUGAUGACUUCUGGGCUAUAUCCUCUUAGCGACUGCUUGUGAAGGAUCUGAGCAAAAGAAAUGAGAUGCAUCUGUCGGCAUCACAGCUUGUCAGCCAGGUACAUGCUUCAAGCUGUGCUGUCGACAAUGACGCGUUUAGAUUGUGAAGGGGAGGAAUGGGAGAUAUGCAAAGGAAGAACUCGACCUAGUUUGUUUGUAAGUCUGCCAAAGCCACUCACAUCGGCAGUCGCUGUUUGUCUGUCACAUUUGUCUGUGAGAAAUAUUUCUUAGUCACACGUAAUGCCUCACUGUAGAACAGCGAGAUUGGGACAAUCUUGCUGGUUAUCUUUCAGUGCUUUAGUUACUCAGGUCAGUGUAGAUCUUGUGUUAGAUAGCAUUCCACUUUCACAGAACCCUUCCCGCCGAGGAGAUCAGAGAUUUGAUGAAAAACAGACCAUUUUGUUUCUGACCAAGAUGUGUGCAUUUGUGUGUUUGUGUGUGUGUGAAGCUGCAUACUGGUGCAGCUUUGUUUAAAAGCAAUGAUGUUGGAGGUACUCAAUUUUGUUUCUUCACAUAAGUUAUUGAUGUCUGAAGUUUAGACGUGGACUAACAGUGCCUAGUGGAACUACCAUCUGAGUAGCCUUCCAUUAUUGCCCAAAGUUUUAUAUUUUAGGAAACGCCUACUGGUCGGUGCAGUCACUUCAAACAGGUUUUAUUAUUUCAAAGAAAAAUGUUUGAAAAUUAUUGUUAGGUAAUACUCUGUCCAAGCCUCACCGUCAUGUCUUAUUACUGCAUGCAGAAAUUAUUGCUGCACACGUCGUUGUCCCACUGACAUCAUGAUGAUUUCUCAGUCUGUGUUUUUGUGCAUCCCCUGUGGCAUUAGUACAGUUUGUAUGCAGAGGAGGGGGACAUUGAAGAACACGUUUCAACCAAAUUCUUUUAUAGCAUUUAAAAAGAAUUCAGGUGCUGGUUUGUUUUUAAUGCAUUACACUUUUGUAUUCUAUAGACUUUUAGUGGACUUGUAAUGAUUUUACAGGUGAUCACAUUUUCCACAGCAGUUUGAGACGCCGGAUCAGCUUCACUUUUUUAAAAUCAAGUUUAAAGCCUUUCUUUCCUUUGAAUUGAUAAUGUAAUAUUCUUGAUUUGUUGGGUAAAAUGCAAUAUUUAUGUACAGAUCCAAUUUGUGUCAUGAUGUACAUAAAUAAAACCUUUUCUUACCUCCUGUACUGCCAUUUAUUGUUUUUAGGUAAA